AUGCUCAGAACAUCACUCGAUUGUAAUCUCCAAGCUGCGCUCGUCAAUACUUCAGUUUGUUCUUCUUCGUACUCCGAGAACAUCACGACUUCCACUGGGACUUCAUCACCGGGACGCAACGCUUUGGGCCUUACGGAGACCCCUGUGCCCUUCGACUCAGUCGCGCUGAUUCCUGCCAACGUCACCAGUCGUCCCGGCCCUGAGUUCGUAUGUGGCGUAGGGGUUCUCCAGCCUGUCUUACCAGGCAAGUAUCCAUCUUCUAUUGACUUACCUCUUCGUGAUGGAUUUUCCCGUUCCAGUGUACAACGACCCGGUUUGCAUGACGGUAAACGUGAUUAUAUCAAUCUUUACUAUCAGAACGUCGGCGGCAUCAAUGCCUGUGUUAAAGAAUAUUUGCUUGCCUCCUCAAGUUCCUGUUACGACAUCAUUGUCUUCACCGAAACUUGGCUUAAGGACAGGACCCUUACCAGUCAGGUUUUCAGCCCGGACUACACAGUGUUCCGUUGUGAUCGAGGCCCCCACAACAGCACGAAAUCUACUGGAGGUGGUGUUUUGAUUGCCAUUAAGUCAUGCCUAUCAGCCCUGCCCAUCGAUGAUGUGGCAUGGAUUGACUUGGAAAUGGUCUGGAUUCGUAUCGACCUAGGCAAACGAAAGCUUUACAUUGGUGCUGUGUACCUCCCCCCCGAUCGUGCUAAAAAUGCGACUUUUGCUGAAUCCUUUUCUCGUAGCCUUUCCAAAGUUAGCUCAAUCACUAAUCCUGAAGACGACAUCAUUAUCAUCGGAGAUUUCAAUCUGCCUGGUUUAAAGUGGUGCUCCUCCCAAAGUAGCUUCUUGUUUGCUGACCCGGAAAGAUCCUCGUUCACGUUGCCCUCCAACAUCAUCCUCGACGCUCUAAGUACGGCCACUCUCCGGCAAAUCAACAACAUCGUUAACGAAAAUGGCCGGACGCUCGAUCUCUGUUUCGUUAAUGACGGGUCUCUUUCACCAACAAUCGAAGAAGCUCCUGAGCCUCUGGUCAAGUCCGUCCCUCACCACCCCGCUUUGCUGCUUACGCUCGAUGUUUCCGGAAUUGUCGCCGUUACCGAAAAUCCGGCAUCCUUCUUCCACGACUUUAAAAGUGCCGAUUUUUCUGCGAUUUUUCAAACUCUGGACACCAUUAACUGGGAAUCUGAACUGGACCCUUCUGAUCCAAAUGCUGCUGCUGUUAAGUUCACUCACAUUGUAAACUACAUUAUCGAUCGCCAUGUGCCGAAACGCUCUGCAGUCUCAAAUCUACGAGCACCUUGGGUCACGAAAGAGUUGCGACAAAUGAAAACGCUGAAGAAUAAAGCCCUCCGUUAUUACACCAGGCACAAGACUCUUCAGGCCAAAAAUCAGUAUCGCAAACUUAACUCAGCCUAUAAAAUACUAAGCACGCGUUGCUAUCAGAGCUACCUAAUCCGGAUUCAGCGUGGUUUUAAAACAAAACCUAAAUCAUUCUGGCAGUACAUCAAGGAUCAACGGAAGGAAUCCGGGUUACCAUCACACAUGUUCCUGGAUGAUACGUCGGCGACUUCGGACCGUGAAAUCUGUGAUCUCUUUGCACAGAAAUUCCGUAGUAUUUUCGACUCUGGCUCAAUAUCCUCGGAGCAGUUAAAUAGUGCAACAAGCAACGUCCCUCAUUUGAGCACUUCAUUUGAUAAUUUUGCAGUCGACGAAGAUAUCAUCUUGAAGGCUUCCGUGAAGCUGAAACACAGCUAUUCUGCAGGACCGGACGGUAUACCAGCCACUUUUUUGAAGCGCUGCAUAUCACAUAUGCUAACACCUAUAAAACGAAUCUUCCAAGCAUCGCUCAACACGUCUACGUUUCCCUCUAUAUGGAAAGAAGCCUACAUGUUUCCGGUCUACAAGAAAGGCGACAGGAGGAAUGUCAACAACUACCGCGGUAUUUCUGCCUUAUGCGCUAUUGCCAAGUUAUUUGAGCUGGUUGUUUUAGACCCUAUCUUCUCGUACUGCAAACCAUAUUUUUCUAAUGAUCAACAUGGCUUUAUGCCUAAGCGCUCUACGACCACAAACCUGCUGGCGUUUACGUCUAAGGUGCAAGACAGUUUUGCUUCAGGAUUCCAAACAGACGUCAUCUACACCGACCUGUCAGCCGCCUUCGACAAAGUGAACCAUGAAAUUGCUAUCGCCAAACUCGAUCGCAUUGGUUUUUGUGGGUCUCUACUGGAAUGGUUUCGCAGCUACCUGGGGCUUGGUGCAUCAUGA